UAAGUAACAAAAAAAUGGUAAUAAUGUCCUCAAGUGCUCAAAAAUUAGUGCAUGAUCGUAAACUACUUUUACAUAUUACAAAUAAUAAGUCCUUCAUUAAAGUGUAUCAUUCACAAUUUCAAUUCACAUUCUUCUACGUGGACACACACACACACACAUGGAAGCUGAUCAUAUCCAUGCACUUAUCGAACGAGUUAUAAAAAAACAACCAACCAUGAAAAUAGUUUUCGAGAUGCAGUUAGAUGACUUCAAGAACUUCGAGGCCUUAUAUUCCGGCACAGGAUCACCUCCCAGUCAAAAGAAAGAGACAGUAGACAAAGAAAGCUUUUUAGGGUCAUCAGCGGUGUGGCUUGAGGUUCGAAAACAGGAUCCAAGGAUAUUCUACUAUAAAACAGACAUAUUCCAAGAGGACUACAAAAUGGUAAACAUGAAUAGAUCCACUAGAAAACCGAUAGAACUAUGAUCGCCGCGUCAAACCCGAAAAGGACUUAGCAAGAAAAAGCACGAUCAUCUUCUCAUGCUUCUGCAAUGGAUACCAUAAGCAUUUC